CAUAUUGUAUCCAGUGCAAGUGUUCACAUCAGUCUGAAGUACAGACUUUUCUGUGGAAAAUGGGGGCUCCGGGGUUUCCAGAGACACUUGUAUCCCUGCUGUUCUGUUGCUCACUUCUGACAUCUGGUUUCACGCUGUGUAACGGCUCAUCAGACGUCAGAGAUUUCGUACUAGCAACAACCAAGGAAUGUCACUUUCUGAACAGGACUAAACAGGUGCGGCUUCUGGAGAGAUAUUUCUACAAUCAGGAGGAGUUCGUUUACUUUGACAGCGACAAAGGAUAUUUCGUAGCGAAGACUGAGCUCGGGAAACCGGAUGCAAAAUUAUGGAACGAAAAUAAGGAUCUCAUAGAACAGAGGAAGAGCGCAGUGGAGACAUACUGUAAAUACAACUAUGGAAUCAUACACAGUAUCACUGCCGACCGGAGAGUUGAACCAUCGAUCAAAAUAUCCUUGAUGAAUCAGUAUGAAGAGUCACAUACAAAGCAGCACAUGCUGAUAUGUAAUGUGUUUGGCUUCUACCCAUCUGACAUUGAGGUGAAAUGGUACCGGAACGGCCAGGAGGAGACCGAGCUGGUUCAGUCUACAGAGCCCUAUCAUAAUGGUGAUUGGUCUUACCAGAUUCUGGUGAUGCUGGAGACAGAGAUUCAGAAAGGCGACACUUUUACCUGCGAGGUUCAUCACAGCAGCCUGAAGGCCCCGCACCGAGUAGACUGGCACCCUCAGUCAUCAGAUGCAGCUAAAAACAAGAUGGCCGCCGGUAUAGUGGGAUUUGUGUUAGGAGUUGUAUUUUUCACUGUUGGCCUUGUCAUCUACAUGAGAGGAAGAAAAGGGCAAACGUCAUUCCCAGGACAACAGAAUGAACGCUUUUUGUCACAGUAAUCUGGAUCCUACCUGGUCAGUUCCAGCUCAGCUUCCAGCUGUUUAGUUUCUAAUG